AUGAAAGAUGGGAAAAGGAAGUCUGCAGGAGACAGCAAAGAGCCACCCAGGAGGAAGAAAAGGGACAAAACCAAACACAGCGCCCAAAAUUCAGCAGCUGACCAGAGACGUGAAUUCCAGGCCAGAUACGUGGAGGAGCACCAUCUUGGAGGAGGUGGCUGUGGAGCAGUGUUUGCUGGCUACCGGAUAACAGAUCAUUGCCCAGUAGCCAUCAAACACAUUCCCAAGGACAGAAUCCCCAUCAAAGUGACGGGUGAAAACGGGAAGCGGGUCUCGGUGGAAGUGGCCAUUAUGCUGAAGCUUGCAGCUGAAGCAGAUGGACCAGUGGGAACGUCAGCACCCGUGUCUCUCCUGGACUGGUUUGACCUCGGCACAGAGCUGAUCCUGGUGCUGGAGAGACCUGUCCCCGCUGUGGACCUCCAUGAUUACAUAACAGAAAAUGGAGGAUGUUUACCAGAGGAAAAGGCCAAGGUCAUUCUGAAGCAGCUGGUUGAUGCAGCAAAGGACCUGGAGGAUAAACACAUCUUUCACCGGGACAUCAAGAGCGAGAACAUUCUGAUUGAGACCGGCUCAGAUGUGCCUCGUGUUCGUAUCAUCGACUUUGGACUGAGCUGCUUUGCUAAGGAGCGAUCGGUGUACCGCCUCUUCUAUGGUACACCUAUUCACACCCCUCCCGAGUGUUACGGACGCAAAAAAUACAGGGCUGGACCCACCACGGUGUGGCAAAUGGGAGUGGUGCUGUAUGAAGCGCUUCAUGUGGGGGACUUUGAUACCAUGACGUUCCUCCAAAAGGAACUGAAAUUCAACAAGGAUCUGUCCCCACACUGCCGGAAUUUCUUGGACGCAUGUUUAACCAACGUCCCGGAGAAGCGCCCAACGCUGGGGGACCUCCAGCUUCACCCCUGGCUCAGAUAA